AUGACCGUUUUAAUAGAUCAUUAUGAAGAUGAGAAGUGCUCCUUUGUGAUAUUGGGUUCUCGAACAGCUGAUGGCUUUAUCCUGCGACUGAUCACUGAAACUCUGCAAAAUAAUGUAGCUGGAGAGCCCAUAACCCAUGUGCGAACCGAUUGGGACUUCGAUCCAGAGGCGGCCAGAAAGGCGCGCACUCUCUACUACGAGAAAAAUGGAUACCGUUCUGAAAAGUUCAUAGAACGCCUGGGCGUAGGACUCGAUGGGCGGCACGAGGAGCGCAGGCAGGAGCAGCGGGAACGCGACGUGGGACGCUUGAAUGGCGAACACUUUAUCAACUAUCCAGCUUAGUUCAUAAAUUAUCGUUAAGAGAGGGGGAGGCGUUGGGGGCCGGGGAGGAUGUGGGCAGGCUGUGUAUAAGUCCUUGUGGCAUAUGUGGAGCAUUGUCAUCAUUUUAAUUUGCAGCGAUUAAUUGUCAUUAAUGUGCUUCACAAGGAUUUGCAUAAUUUGCCAGCGUAACACAUAUGCAACAUGCAACAUGCUACAUGCCACAUGCCACAUGCAACAUUCAUUGUUAAUGGUACACGAGUGGGGCAGUGGGAGGAGCAGGAGGCCAUGUUGUUAUGGUUUUAAUAAACGUUAUUAGCGACUGCAACUGCGACUGCAAAUUGCGGCAAUUACAUUUGGCCAAA